AUGUUACUACGCCUUAUUUCGAGCUGCUGCAGGUGGCUCGCCGCGAAGGCGUACAGCGCUGCAGAAGAUGUUGUCCUCGCCAUCCUCGCCGCAGGCCCCAUCCCACAACAUGUUGCCUUCGUUAUGGACGGCAACCGACGGUACGCGCGGAAGCACGGAAAAUACGUCCGCGAAGGACACUCGGAAGGUUUCCAAGCGCUGCGGAGGGUGCUCAAAGUGUGUUUACGGCUGAACAUCCGCUGCGUGUCGGCGUAUGCGUUUGCGAUCGAGAACUUCAAGCGCUCGCCGGAGGAGGUGGACGCGCUGAUGGACCUUGCGGAAAACAAACUGCUGGAGCUCUGCCAGCAUGGGCAAUUACUGGACGAGUACGGUGUCCGACUCAACGUGCUCGGCAGGAAGGAGAUGCUCCCGGAGCGAGUGCAGGUAGCGGUUAAACAGGCGGAGGAAGCGACUCGUCAUAAUACCAGAGCCAUUCUCAACCUAUGCAUGCCCUACGGGGCGCGCGACGACAUCGCGACUGCCGUGCACUCCGCCAUCCAGGACGCGCUCAAGCAGGAUCCCGUCCCCAGCGAGAUCACCGAAGACGACAUCGAGUCGCGGCUUAUGACCUCCGCGGUCGGCAGCCCGCCCCUGGACAUUCUCGUGCGCACCAGCGGCGUGCGGCGGCUGAGCGAUUUUUUCCUCUGGCAGUGCUGCGAAGGCACGCAGCUGCAGUUCAGCGAGGUGUACUGGCCCGACUUUGGCUUGCGCGACUUCGUGCCGAUCAUACUCGACUACCAGUGGAAAGUCUGGUUCGCGCCGUCUCCGUCUUCGCCGUCUGCGAGCUAG